AUGGCUGAGCCCUUUGUAGUUUGUACUGACUUCCAAGCCUGGUGUAAACAUGUUGCAAUUCAGGCCCAAGGCUUAAUGGAAAAUAUUGCAGUGAGGGAAGAGGGGAGAGACAAGGAGGUGAGUAGAGAGACGACUAGGGAGAAGGAAAUUGAAGGGAUAGACAAGGAGGGAAACAGAGAGAUGACCAGAAAGGGAAAAGGAGGGAAAAAACAUGGACGUGGAAAGUUGAAAAAUCAAACAAUUAAUUUUGGAGCCAUCACCAAUCCCAACUGCUCCAUCGGGGAAGAAGGGAGCGACGAGGAGGGGAGUAAAGAGAUGACUAGGGAGAGCGAUUUGGAAGGUAUAGACGACGGGAGAAGUCGAGAGAUGAUUAGGAGGGGAAAAAUGGGAAUAGACGUGGAGGUGGAAAGUCAAAAAAUAAAACAAAUAAUUUUGGAACCACCACCAAUCCCAACUGCUCCACCCACUCUGGUCCUAUCAGAAGCGAGGGAAGAUGGGAGAGACGAGGAAGGGAGUAGAGAGAUGUCCAUGGAUCCUACCACCACUCACAAUCACGAGCCAUCAAAUCCGCCCCUACCCACCAUAGCCCACCGUGACUCCAACCACGACAUCUUUCUACAACGCCAACCACCACAACCCUCCGUCACCCACUAG